AUGGCGGAACUGGAUGAUUCAGUCGAUGUGGAGAUGCUCAAGAAUCGCUACGAGGAGUCUGUGGCUGCCAACGAGGAUUUGAAGCAUGAGAACGAGGCCUUGGAAGAGCUCAUGGAGCAGGUGCAUGACCUAGCAGAAGAUUGGCAAGAGGUCCUGGAUCGGAAGCGGGUUGGUGAACCAAUCGAGGAAGCACUCGAGGCGCUGCGUCAGCGACGGCAGCGGGUGGCCGCGCGCCUGGCCGAGAUCAAUCGUGGAGACUUGGGGCCUCGUCGGCGGCGAAGCGGAGGAAGUCAAGCCUCACCCGUGGAAGAGUUGACGAAGGCCACAGAGGAGAGCCAAGUGUUGAAGACACAAAACCAAGAGCUCAAAGAGGCCAUUCAGCAAGCGAGAUCCAUGAUCCAUUCGAAGUUAGAUCUACACCAGGCGGAGCACCUCGGCUUGAAGACCGAUCGCCAGGAGCUCAAGGACCUCCUCAAAGAGGCCAAAAACUUCUCAGAGCGCUGGCAACAGCAUUGGGAUGAGAGGAAACGCACAGACACCGCAGAGGAGGAAGCUGAGGACAUUGAUGGGAAAUGCAGGGUUGUGUCCAACAACGGCAAAGUGAACAUGAUGAACGCUUUGAUAGAUCAAUAA